UGUUUUUUUUUUUUUUUUUUUUGUGUUCGGUGUCAAACCUCCACAGGACCCGUCGGGACUUUGUUAAAGUUCGCCUCGGCUGGAGUGACGGGGCCGGCCGGCGGGUCCGAGGAGGCCCGGCGCUGAAACAUGGGCUUGUUGGCCGGUUUACGGAAAGAAUGGUUCAUUAUCGGCAUCGUGUUGGUGAUUUUAUCGGCCAGACUGCAGCCGAGCUUCGGUGUCAAAGGAGGUCCACUAAAGCCGGAGGUCACGAUAGCGUACGUCGCCGUCUCGGUUAUUUUCUUCAACAGUGGCCUGUCACUGAAAACGGAGGAGCUGACGAGUGCAUUGCUCCACGUCCGGCUUCACCUCUUUGUGCAGUCAUUCACGCUGCUCUUCUUCCCAGUUGCCAUGUGGCUGCUGCUCAAAGUGCUCGCACUGACCACCAUCAACCAAUGGCUGCUCAAAGGGUUACAGACGGUCGGCUGCAUGCCGCCUCCCGUCUCCUCUGCCGUUAUUCUCACCAAGGCCGUCGGAGGCAAUGAGGCUGCAGCCAUCUUUAACUCUGCAUUUGGGAGUUUCCUGGGCAUCAUCGUGACGCCGCUGCUGCUGCUGCUGUUUCUGGGCUCUUCUUCCUCCGUUCCCUUCUCCUCCAUCUUCUCCCAGCUCUUCAUGACUGUGGUGGUUCCGCUCAUCCUGGGUCAGGUGUGUCGCGGUUUCCUCAGGGAGUGUCUGGAGCGGCGGAAGCCUCCGUUCGGCAUGGUCAGCAGCUGCGUGCUCCUCAUGAUCAUCUACACCACCUUCUGUGACACGUUCAGUAACCCCAACAUCGAGCUGGACCCCACCAGUCUCCUGCUGGUCGUGGUCACCAUUUUUUCCAUUCAGCUGAGCUUCAUGCUCUGCACGUUUGCCUUAUCCACCAGAUCUGGAUCAGGGUUCACGCCCGCAGACACGGUCGCCAUCAUCUUCUGUUCCACGCACAAAUCUCUUACACUGGGAGUUCCCAUGUUGAAGAUCGUGUUCGCAGGUUAUGAGCACCUGUCUCUGAUCUCAGUUCCUCUGCUCAUCUACCACCCGGCUCAGAUCCUGCUCGGCUCCAUCCUUGUGCCGACCAUUCGCCACUGGAUGACCACCAAACAAAAGUCUAGUCUCUUGUUGCGCUGAGGCUGUAGUAGAGUACUGCUGUCUCCCUGAGCGGAGAAGUUGUCAAACCUCCAGCUCAUCUGAUGAAGAAGAAGGAGAAACGACUUCAUGGUCCCGCCUGAAGGUGGACUUUGGCGGAGGCAAGCGUCAGCUGCGAUGUGCCUUAUUUCGACCAAUCAACACAGACCUCAGCAUGGUGCAGGGACC